AUGUUGUUCAAGUUGAGUUGCAAAGAUGAAGGUGCGAGGCGAGAUCGAGGCUCGCAAGGAAGUAUCGUGCAGCCUGCGAGACACCCGCGCGCACCAUUACCGCCUGAUGCCGUGCAGGGAGUGUACAACGGAUCCCGUCCAAAACGCCAGCACAAGCCUACUGCCCCCAUCGCCGGUCCUGGCGCCAUGCCUCGCUUCAUGUGA